CGCCGUUGCCACCAGCGCGUCGGGAGCAGCCGCGGCCGGAGCCGGAACGGGGGCCGAAGUCGCGGCUGGAGUGGGAGCGGCGUGUGUGAGUAGCUGAAGUCGUCCGUGUCGCAACACCUCAAACUCAGCCGGAGCGCUUCAGGUGGGGGGAGCGACGGUCGCCCCCUGAGUACCGCCCCCCGCCCCCCGGCCCAGACAGCAGGGCUGGGGUCUCCCAGGCACCGGACUAGCUGCUGUCGCGCCAGGCUCUCCGACCCGGACUCCCUUCAAACUCAGGACGGAGGCCAGAGAACGGUGAUCAUCCCAAACCCCCUCCGCCUUCCCGGCCGGAGCGUUUUUCUCGUCGCCCGGGCAGAGUUCCGGGUUGUAGUGCGGCGGAGCAAACCCCCUCCUGCCGCCACCUCUCCAACCAGCUAGUUCCCACUGUCUUGCUCUGCAUCGGCUCUUCUCCACCCUUUUCAAGAACAAGUGCUGUCCCAGACGUUCAAAGUAUCUAUUCUGGGUGUCCUUCCCCAUCUCUUGGAGCACUCUUAGAAAUAUUGCCUAUUUACCAGGGCUGAGAAUCUCUCAUUCUUGACGUAGCUUUUCUCCCCUUUGGGAGAUAAAGGUUGCCCCCUUUCCACUCUCUUACCCGACAGACACUUCAUGACCCGGGCUUUAGCCAUUUGGAUCAUCAGCGCCUCGGCCAUCUCUAUGUGACUUCCCCACCCGUUUGAGUUCCAGUGUCCUCUGGGCUCCAUUCUCCAGCCCCCAGCGGAUCUGGUCAGUCCCGCCCCUGGGUGGGAGUGACCAGGGGGCUCUGGCCCAGGAUUUCCCACCCUGGAAGGUAGUAGCUCCAAAGCAACAAGAGAACUGGGCGUUGGGUACGAACCUGGCAGCUCAGGAGUGGGUGCUCCACCCACCCCACACAAGAAGAUGAAAAAGCGCAGAGAGCUUAAUGCAUUGAUCGGUUUGUCUGGGGACAGCCGGAGAAAGAAGCCCAAGAAAGGCUCAAGCAGCCACCGUCUGCUUCGCACUGAGCCUCCUGACUCAGACUCUGAUUCCAGCUCAGAGGAGGAAGAGGAAUUCGGUGUUGUUGGAAAUCGCUCUCGCUUUGUCAAGGGAGACUACUUAAGAUGCUGCAAGAUCUGUUAUCCUCUCUGUGCUUUUGUCAUCCUCGCGGCCUGUGUCGUGGCCUGUGUUGGCUUGGUGUGGAUGCAAGUUGCUCUGAAGGAGGAUCUGGAUAUUCUCAAGGAAAGAUUUAGAACAAUGGAAUCUAAUCAGAAAAGCUCAUUCCAGGAAAUACCCAAACUUAAUGAAGAACUACUCAGUGAACAGAAACAACUUGAGAAGAUUGAGUCUGGAGAGCUGGGCUUGAAUGAUGUCUGGCUCAACAUCACAGAAAUGAAUAAGCAGAUUUCUCUGUUGACUUCUGCAGUAAACCACCUUAAAGCCAAUGUUAAGUCAGCUGCAGACUUAAUUAGCCUGCCUACCACUGUAGAAGGACUUCAGAAAAGUGUAGCUUCCAUUGGCAAUACUUUAAACAGUGUCCAUCUAGCUAUGGAGGCAAUACAGAAAACUGUGGAUGAACACAAGAAAACCGUGGAAUUGCUGCAAAGUGAUAUGAAUCGGCACUUCUCAAAUUGGACCAAUGGAAGCAACAAAAUCAUUCCAACACCCUCAGCUACAUCAGAACUUGAUAAUAAAACCCACAGUGAGAAUUUGAAACAGGAUAUCCUGUACCUUCAUAACUCUUUAGAGGCGGUAAACAGUACCCUAGUAGCAUACCAGAGACAGAAUGAUCUUAAACUCGAGGGGAUGAAUGAGACACUCAGUAAUCUCAUUCAGAGAACCAACCUGAUAGAAAGCAAUGUGGUUUUUGCUCUGGGUGAAGUAGAAAACACAACAAACCUGACCUCCAGCAUGAUGAGUGAUAGAGCUGCUAUUCUGAAAAGAGAGUCUUUGGAUCAAGGGGCCAACAGAACUGAUAUCAUAAAAACCCAAAACAUAAAGAAGGAAGAUAGUCCAAAUUCUCAGGUAUCCAAGCUGCGAGAGAAACUGCAGCUGAUCAGUGCUCUCACAAACAAACCUGAGAGCAACAGGCCUCCAGAGAUUGCAGACGAAGAACAAGUACAGAGUUUCACAUCAAAGCCAUCAACAUUGCCAAAAUUCUCACAAUUUCUUGGAGACCAAAUUGAGAAAGCUGCCCAACUAAGGCCCGUCUCCCUACCAGGAAUUUCUAGCAUUGAAGAUCUUCAGGAUUUAUUCCACAAGACUGGCCAGGAUGUGGAUGGGAAGCUGACCUACCAGGAAAUCUGGAACUCUCUAGGUUCUACCUUGCCAGAUCCAGAGAGCUUGAGAGCAUUUGAUUCCAAUGGAGAUGGAAGAUACUCAUUCCUGGAGCUAAGAGUAGCUUUAGGUGUCUAGCCUCAACAGGCGUUAUUUUAGGAAUGGAUGUAUACCAUGGACUACCUAAAAUCUACUUACAUAACAAAAACAACCCUUUUAUGCAUCAGCCCUCUAGUCCUCCAAACUAUUGUAGCAAACAUAUUGCCACCUUCUAACUUGUUUGAAAAGCUAUACAAAAGUUAUUUUUUUAAAAAAGAAAACCAUUUUACUUAUAAUCUGAUGUUCAAAAAUCUAUAAUUUCCUGAAACCAGUGAUAUCUUACAUUUUAAAAUUGCCAGGAAAAGAAAUAAUAAAGCCCUCUUUUUUUCUCCUUCCUUUUUUUUGAGGGGAGGAGACCUUAACUUUUAAAACUGGAAAAUGUAUAUACAGAGAGAAUAAGCCACCUUUUAUAUUUCAUAUAAAUUUGCCUUAAUAGCUGCACUUUAUAGAGACUCAGAAAAUGUCUUGUCUUCAAAAGAUAGGCCUUUUCUGUUUGUAAAUAUUUAAAAUGAAAGAAAAAUUGUGCAUAUUGUGUGGAAAGUAGAAAGAAUGAUUUUGAGCAGGAUGUGAACAAAUUACUUAUUUAAAAAAAUCAUUUAUUUGGGUAACAACUGAAACUAUAUUCACAUAUACUUAACUCAUCCCUCCUCCAAGGCCAAGGUGCUGCCAUGGGGUUUAGAUAGGGGCAUUGAUUCAGGGACUGGAUGCUGUGGGAACAGUGCCAGCUCCAUACUUAAAAAAGUUGGCUUCUGAGAGUUUAUUCCUAUUCCCUCAAUGAAUCCCAACAUGUGAACCAGAGAAGUCUUCUUGAGGAUUUUUCUCAUUUUUAAUCCUCUUAUAGGGUUUAGGAACACAAAAAGUUAUCCAGUGGGGAGGAGCUACAUUUUCCCUCAAGUGAGUUAGAUUAUCUUCCCCUAUCCACCUACACAAGUCUAUCUAAAGGCUAUAGCUGGCUCCUACCUUCAGUAACGUCUCCAUUCUGAAUGGCAAAACCCAAGUCCCUAGUCACUGUCUCAGACUAGCCACCCAGGGUAUUAAAGGAAAAGGGUACAUCUACUUUUAAAACAAGAAACUACCCCUUUGAGAUUUUUCCUGGGAGCUAACCAAGAACCUGAUGGAUUUCUUGGUGAGAUGACUAGGACCAAAAAUAGUUGUGAAAUGAAAUGUGUGAAAUCAUAUUGUUUUCUUACAGAUAUCAGCUCAGAAGUAGAUACAGGCUUUCUGUCCAGAGGAUGCCAAACUAUAGUUGGCACUACAACAGAAGCCUUCAUAUGAUGGUAGCAAGUGCAGUACUUCUCCCUUAUGGACCUGGCACAGCAGGUCCCGGAACUGGAAGGAAUGGUCUAAGUCACUUGUAUGUUGAGUUACACUUGCUGUGUUGUUCCCAAAGGCAAUCUUUGGGUAGCACAAAAGGAAAACUUACAAAACUUAACUUUGCUGUAGUCAAGUGAGGGAGAAACUAGAGAAGCUCCCAUGGCACCAACUUCUCUAAUAGAGUUCAUUUUUCAUUUAACUUGUCCAAGACCUGUAAGCCAGUGCAGUCCAGUACCCUGAAACAUGUAAAGACUGGUUUUUUUCUUUACAUUACAUUCAGCUUGGUGUUAGCUAACCUUAAAUUUUUUUGUAGAAGUAUUAAAAUUCAGUUAAAGCAGGACAACGUCUCUUCUAAUGAAUGUGUCUGCUUGUCAUUAUUGCUUAUGUUUCUCCCUUUUAAAAUGUUUUUCUUUAACAUUUCCCUUACCCAUCUAUGUUAUUUCACUUUCAUGGAAAAGUUAAAAUUAGCCUGGCACUUUAGGAAACUUGAUAAUUUUUUGCUCUUCUGGCUGCUUUCCAUGCCCUCCUCCUUUUUAAUAUAUACACCCUUACAGAUUUUGUAACAACCAAAUAAAGUUCUAGCAAUAAAUUGAAUUAUACUGCUAUGUUUGUAUAUAUUGUACCAUAAAUAGUAUGUCUGUACCUGGAAGGUAUUUUUUUGAUAACUGAUUUAUAUGAAAUAUACUUGAGGGUAAUGUACCUUGUCCUUUUUAGUUUCAAGUUCUUAUUCAUAGGCAGAUACAUUCAGGACACCUUAACUCUUUGUAGUAUGUAUUUUUCUUUUACAUCCAAUAGCUAUAUCCGUGGAAAACUCAAGGUUUCUUUUUUUUUCAAUUUCUCUUCUGUUCUUCCUACUUCAAGCUUGUCUGCCAGCAUCACCCCUGAGCUGUAUAUAAUGCCAACCCCUCCCCUGCCAAGUCUGCCAGAGGCAUCCAUGCUGCACUCAGGCCUAUGAUACCUUUGUCAUCCUGCCUGAGUAACUACCAUGUCUCCCAGACAGGUAGGUAUCUCAACUUCCUUUGUUCAAGUUGAGCAGACUCUCCAGUUUACAAGCCCCAGAAACCUAUCACUUAGUGUUAAUUUGGGAUUUAUAUCUGUAUGCUGUCCCCACUUACCCAGCCUGUGCCUUGUGUUUGGCUAUAGUGAAGCCUCACCUGCCACAUUUUCAGCUCUGUGAGAAAGCUUGGGAAGUGAAUGGUAUGAGUUUGACAUUCAUUGUAAAUUCUUUUACCUGUUCCUUCUGGCAGCUCCUACCACUUCUCUCCUUAGUUUCCCAAAGCACAACCUUCUUGACCCUUUUAUUCCAUUGCCUUAUAUAUAUAUCGGCAUAAUGUUUACUUAAAUAGCCUCCCCAUAAGUCAGAGAGGCAAACAGGUACUGUAGAAAGAGAAGACCCAAAGGAAUAAAGUGCCUGGCUUCAAGAUGACUGCAGAGUACCUAGCACUCAGGAAUGGGUCUGAGGCAACAAAGCUGAGGAAUGGACCCUUCCCCUGCUGUUGGCUGUUUUGCAUUCUGCUGCAGUUUCCUUUCUUUGCAGUUACUGGACAUAACCCCUAGAGCCCCCCUUGCUGGUCUUCUGGUCACAGUUGAGGAUUUUGACUAUGAUGGGCUCAUACUCGUAAUGGCCUGUUGUUUUUAGUGACAGCUUUUGUUUGCUGCACACCUCAUUGGCUUGCUUACCAACACCAACUAGAUGUGGUUUCUUUCAUAACCAAACCAGAACACAUUUGGGUAUCCUGAGACUUUAUAGAGCGUGUAUUGUUUGUUAUAUGAACCUAACCUACCUUUUUUCACAUAUUAAGAAAUGCAAAUCUACUUUGUUCUAGUGGAGCUAUUUUGGUAACAUAUAAGCAAUUUUGGUUCUGUUUAGGGAGUGAAUUCAAGGUUUUCAUGACUCAAUUUGAGCUUUAUUUCAUAUCAGUGAUACAGCCAUUUUAAUUUAUCUAAAUAAAACAUUUCUUUUUUUUUC